AUGCCACACACCCAACACAGCCAGGUCACUCCAGUACCACCGCCGCAGGCAAAUCCAUUCCCCACCGGCAACCAACCACAACCGCAACUGCAACCGCAGAGCAUACCAAAGAACUUACCGCAAACUGCUCCAGGGGUUUAUACGCAGCUACAAUCGUCAGUACGGGAAUCUCAGUCACCACACCACCAGCAACAGCAUGCGCCUAUAGACCCAGCUAUCAUCAACAUGGCACCGUACUACACAGCUGAAGUGUCACCGUCGCCGCACACCUCCUCAGCGGUACCAUACAACACACUGGAUGGGCGCACAGAGCACUACCAGAUGAGCCAAGCCAAGAACGGCCUAAGCCCACACAAGAAGAGCGGGUAG